AUGGAUGCACAAGGUAAAAAGGUGGCUAUUUAUAUUAAUACUGAGAUGAUAAGGCACCAGCUGCAGUGGGGCCAUAUUCUCAAGCAAUCAAAUUUGUUCCUGAGGUUUGUGACAUUUACUCUCAACUGGAAAUUUCAUAUCAGAGACAGUGUGAAGGAUCAAACAGAACAGGCUCUCAAGAAUAUUGGGGAGAUACUUAAAGCUGGUGGUGUUAGUUACUCUUCAGUUGUUAAGACAACAAUCAUGUAUGAUCUAAAGGACUUCCAGAAAAUCAAUGCAUUUUAUGCUAAAUAUUUUCCAGAACCUGCACCAGCACGUUCAACUUUUCAGGCUGCUGCAUUACCCCUGGAUGCAAAGAUAGAAAUUGACUGCAUAGCAGUACUAUAAACUGAUUAAAGCCUUCAACUUCCAUGGCUAUGAUUUUAGAUUCAA